AAGCUAGCCAAGAAGCAACGUAAGCAGCGUCAGCCAGCCAGCUCCCGGCCUCUUAGCCAUGAACUUCGGUGCAAGGGCCCCGGCGACGACGUUGCGGUGCAGGUGCUGCAGCGCGUGCCUCACCGUGACCCCCGGCGCGCGCGCAAUCCAGUGCGCGCAAUGCAACGGCGUGACGCGCGUCCGGCGGCGGAUCCCGCCUCCGGCGUUGCCGAUGCCGUCAGGCCCUAUGUACUACCCGCGCACCCGCAGCAAUAAGCGUGCCGUCCUGAUCGGCAUCACUUACGCCGGCAUGCGCCGGGGCGGCGACGAGCUGAUGGGCCCCAUCAACGACGUUAAGUGCAUGAGGCACCUCCUCUGCCAGAAGUUCGGAUUCCCCAGCGACUGCAUCAUCAUGCUCACUGAUGACCAAAGAGACCCGUUCAGGUCGCCGACCAAGGACAACAUCCGGAUGGCGAUGCAAUGGCUGGUGCAGGGGUGCAGGUACGGCGACUCGCUGGUGUUCCACUUCUCCGGCAUGGGCGCCCAGGUCCUCGAUGACGACGGCGACGAGGUGGACGGUUACGACGAGGCCAUCUGCCCGCUGGACUCGUUCCAGAUGGGCCCCAUCCUGGACGAUGAGAUCAACGAGGCCAUCGUGCGCCCGCUAGUGGACGGCGUCAGGCUCCACGCCAUCGUCGACGCCUGCUACAGCGCCACCGUCCUCGACCUCCCCUUCCUCUGCCGCAUGUCUAAGAGAGGGAAUUGGGAGUGGGAAGAUCACCGUCCCCCGACCGGCGCCUGCAAGGGCACGAGCGGCGGCCAGGCGGUGCUCAUCAGCGGCUACAGUGACGGCAAAAGCAAAUACAUCGUGCUGCCGGAAGCCUACGCUUCUGUGGGGGCCAUGACGCACAGCUUCAUCAAGGCGGUGGAGUGUGAGCCGCGCGGCAUCACCUACGGCCGCCUGCUCACCUCCAUGAGAGCCAUCAUGCGCAAUGGCGGCGGGAACUGCAACCUGCAGGGACCCGACGGCGCACCGAUCCGCAAGGUCGCCAACUUCAGCGGCGUCCAGGAGCCUACGCUGACCUCUUCAGAAAUGUUCCACAUCCACCGCGAGGCGUUUGACCUGUAAACCUCGUGGUUUGUCCCUACAGAUUGCCGCCGUCAAGACUACUUAAUCGCCGUAUCAAAAUAAUCAGUCGAUGGGUUUAAUUAUGAUGCUUACUACUGUGUGAUGUUGUUCACCUGCCGUGUUAUCAUGAAAGAGCUGAGCAUAGCUCACAGGUUGUGGAAGGCUUGGUUGGUCAUCCAUGCCUCCGGAGCCUGCUAGCUGUGCCUCAUGGUUCAUUGUUAUAAGGCUGCUUGUUGUCUCUGAAGUCUUAAAUAAACUAAGAGUAAUUAUGAUUGAUCUAAAAA